AUGUACACCGGGAACUCGCCGAUCGGCGAGAACGCGGGCGAGCGCACCAACUCAAACGUGUGGCGCGACACGUCGGAAGCCGAGAUGUACGGGAGCUACCUCGGCCCCGGCAUCAACGACACGAACAGCGAAGUCCCCAUGAUGCGGCCCACAAUGGCGGCGCGGCCCAGCACGAGCGUCCAUCAAGACAUUGCGGUGGGCCAAUUGGACGACCCGGGCCUUGCUACGGGCACGGGGCCGGCCAAGGCGUACUCGGGCCGCAAAGUCGUGUGGCCCGGCGCUUUGUUUCUGUUCCUCGCGGCCGCCGUCGCGCUGAGUUUGAUCACGUACUUUGGUAUACAGGAGUAUACGGCCGCCCAGACGCAGCAGUCGCUGACCGAGUCCGUGAGUGACGUGGCCCGCGCGAGGCGGCGGAAGAGCACGAGCGUCAAGAGCUGCAUGCUGCCGGAUUACAUUGCCGAGGACGGCAAGAUCUAUGCCCGGAACAGCUUCACGGGCAAGCAAGAGCCGCUCGUGUUUACAGGCAUCAACUGGAGCGGCAUGGAGAACGCCGAGGGCGUGCCCCACGGCCUGGCUGCCAAGCAGAGCUACUUGGACGACAUUGCCAAGAACUUGUCGGACAGCGGCUUCAAUGCCGUGCGGCUGCCGCUCAAUGCGCAGAUGAUUGUGGACAACGCGGCACCGAACACAAAGCUCUUUGUCAAUGCACUCGACACGGACUUGAACGUCGUGACGUACAUUGACAUGAUCAAGAAAGUCGUGCAGGGCUUGGGCAAGCAGCAGAUUGGUGUGUUGCUUGAUAUUCACAAGAUUGACCCGAACUUCACGGACGAUACGUCUGAGCACUUGUGGUUCACUGACGACUACCCGAUUGCGACGAUCUACGAGAUGUUUGAGACACUGGCCGCGGAAUUGUGCAGCGAUCUCGAGUACAAUAUUGUGGGCAUUGACCUCAAGAACGAGCCCGUGGGUGGCUGUUGGCCCAAAGAUGACAGCGACAAGUACUGUGACCCAGACGUGAAUUGGCCCCGUGCCGUUGAGACGAUUGGCAACAAGAUUUUGGCCAUCUGCCCGAAUUGGCUCAUUGUAGCGGAAGGCAAUUACGCCAUCGAUACCACGUCCGAGAUCAAUGGGGUGAACUUGACAUACAACGACUGGUACGGAGCGAGUAUGCAGAACGCCAGUGUGAACCCCAUUGUCCUUGCUAUGGAGAAGAAGCUCGUGUUUGCGCCACACUUUUACUCGCCCAGUGUGUACCCGUCGUCGUACUAUUUUCUUAAGCAGUCCUCGAGCGGCAGCACUGUCUCGGUGACAGAGUUCCCAGACACGGCGGAAGGCACUAAACUACUGGAGGGCGCUGUGACUGCUGUGCUUGACAACGCCUUUGGCAAUGUUGUGACAGAAACGGGUAUACCGACGUUCUACGGCGAGUUUGGCGGUAUUUAUGGCACGAAGGAGCUGCUUAAGGGGCGUACGAGUACGCGUACGAUCGAUAUACUGAUCGAGUACGCCAACAAAAUGAACAUGACGGGCGGCUUCGUAUGGGGCCUCAAUCCUGAUGGAGCAUACGACUUUAACGACAAAUUUCUGCCCGACGAUCCGUGGCAAUACGGUCUGUACACGGACUCGACGUGGGAGAAGUUCCACACGGACUAUGCCACGAGCCUGCAGAGUCUGAAGGGCAGCGGUCCGUUUCCCUGCUUUAUGAAGACCACGAUCAAGACGUUCUCGACGUCCGGCAGUGGGAGCGAUACGAUAACUGUGGACUCGAUUACCGAUGCGCCAGUUGCUGGGACACCGACCACGGGGACGGCUACGGCUCCAGCGGCGGUAGGAGAACCUCCCUCUGCUACUGCUGUUGUUCCUGCAGCUCCGGCAACUCCUGCAGCACCCGCACCUCCUGCAGCUCCUGGUGCUGCGAUGACGACGACGGCAACAGCAUCGUUAGAUGCGACGGCAACGGCGUUGUAG